UUUACAAACUCAAUGAAACAAACCCUAACGCUUCAAACUCUUUCAUUUCCAUGGAAUAUCCGCAAGAACAUGCUGCUUCAUGACGCAAACACUAUAUAAUCAAAUCAACUAUCACUCACAGUUUAUGCUUCAUGUCACCACACAUUAUUCAUUAUCCUUCAAUAAUCCACCAAUUCCAAUCUCAUCUUUGUUACUGCCAUGAGCAACUGUUGCAAGAUCAAUGGCUGCAACAAUGAAUCCAAUAUUUUGGCUGUCAUUUUUGACUUAGAUGGCACACUUCUCGAUACUGAAAGGGUUACAAGGGGUUUGUUGAAUGAGUUUUUGGGAAAGUAUGGGAAGGAAGUGAAUAAGGAAAGGGAAGAAAAGAAGAGGUUAGGGAUGACACAGAAGGAAUCAGCAGCUUUAAUUGUUAAGGAUUAUCAACUCUCAUUAACACCUGACCAAUUCAUUCAAGAAAUUAACCCUCUCUAUAUUCAAAGGUGGAGAGACGCCAAAGCAUUGCCUGGUGCUAAUCGAAUCAUCAAACAUUUUGUGAAAAAUGGCGUACCGAUGGCUCUUGCUUCAAACUCCUUGAGAGAAUACAUAUAUGCAAAAAUUCUUUACCAUAAAGGUUGGACAGAAAGCUUCUCUGUAAUUCUAGGAAAUGACCAGGUUAAAUUUGGGAAGCCUGCUCCAGAUUUGUUUGAAGAAGCUGCCAAGAGAAUGGGUGUAAAUGCAAUGAACUGCCUUGUGUUUGAAGAUUCCUUGGUUGGUGUCAAAGCAGCUCAUGCUGCAAAAAUGAAGAUAGUCGCAGUGCCGUCUCGCGGCGAAUCGGAUUGUUGUAAGCUGGCAAAUGUUACUCAUAAUUCACUUUUAGAGUUUCAACCUGAGCUAUGGGGCCUUCCACCUUUUGAUGAUUGGGUUGAUAACACACUGCCUAUUGAGCCAAUUCAUCUGAGUGGUUUGUAUGUUACAGGAUCUCUCCUCGAAACCAAAGAGAAUGUAGCAUUUGGUAUUCCUGAUCAAGUUGUUGGGAUUUACUUCGGUUGGGCCAAAGUCGAUACAGAUACGAACUUCAAGACAUUGGUUAGCAUUAGUUUGGACUUGUCAAGUGUUUCCUACAAAAAAGCAAAUGUUUGGUUUAUUGAUGCAAACACCGACAUUAAAUCUGAGCAGCAGAUGCAAAUCUGUCUUGUUGGCUACAUAAGAGCAUGGGAUAACAAGAAACUUGGGUCAGUGGAAAUGGAGAAACUUGAAGAAUACAAGUCCAUUGCAAAAGCUUCACUAGAUUUGCCAUCAUUCAGUAGUUUUUGAUAGAAAAGGUUCUAUAUGGAGCAGACAAUAUAAGUGGCUCAAUUACAAGAUGAAAGAUGGAAUAAUUAUAUAAUUUUUUUUUUUUUGCAUUUUUCAUAAUAAUGCAUGCCAAUGAUUAUUAGAAAAUCCAUGCUAUGGUUACUAAAAUACUAUUGCCAAAUAAUUGUAUGAUUUCCUUAUAGCUAA